UGUUAGAGCCUUUGGUGGACUAAUAUUUGUUUAAAAUUAAUUUUGCAUGUGUAUAUGUAUGAACAUGUAUGUGGUGUGUGUGUACCCUUGAGACAGGCCAUCUAACUGAGCCUAGGUCUAGACAGGUCCAGCAAGCCUGUGCCCUGCUCCCUACACAGUACUGGGUUACAGACAUCCACACCUGGCUUUUUGUAUGUUUUCCUUCCCUGGGGAUUUGAACUCAGGACCUUCUGCUUUUGUAGGAUGGUUACCUGCUGAGUCAUCCUCCAGCCCUUCCAAUCCUCCUUCUGUCUCUCUGUUGUGCCUCAUGGCAUUGAAGUCCUGAUGGGCCUGGAAUGAGGCUGUGACAGCCCUAAGGCUGGACCAGGUGCUCCGACUUGAUGACCAACACUGGCCUGGGACCCCAUCCCUCUUCUUCUGUCCUCUUCCUGGACUGGCUUGUGCACCAAGAGCUCUGACCCCCUUUUUCCAGCCCCCAUCCUUAGGCCCCAGCAUGAGAAUGUCUUGUGUGCCUAACAUGUGGUUCCUGGGAGACACUUCAAAGGCUGGUGCAUGGCGCUAUGGCUUUGUCUUGCCCUUCUGUUCUCCGGGGCCGGGGCUCCCCUCUGAAAUAAAGCCCUCACCCUAUCUUGCCGCACUGCUGUGGAGAGGAGGUUCCUGUGGUAGAAUGUGUGUAUCGCCAAGUCCCCGGAUUCCAGCUACAGACGUGCACAAAUGAAACGAGCCUGUGAUUUCUGGAGGAGACCCCAGCCAUGGGGUCCAAUUGGCUAAGACUCCUCUGCAUUCGCCUGCUGUGUGAUAUCGGUCCUGAGUGAUACUGCUGCCCUCUCUGGUCUCUGCCCACUGAUGACCUCUGGGAAGAGCCAGUCUGGCUGGCUCUGGAGACUCAUUGCACAGGGAGCCCGAACCAGCAGCUGCCAUGGCGUCACGCAUCGGGCUGCGCAUGCAGCUCAUGCGGGAGCAGGCGCAGCAGGAGGAGCAGCGAGAGCGCAUGCAGCAGCAGGCCGUCAUGCAUUACAUGCAGCAACAGCAGCAGCAGCCGCAGCUGGGAGGCCCACCCACCCCAGCCAUCAACACUCCGGUCCACUUCCAGUCGCCACCACCUGUGCCUGGGGAGGUGCUGAAGGUGCAGUCCUACCUGGAGAACCCCACCUCCUACCACCUGCAGCAGUCCCAGCACCAGAAGGUGCGGGAGUACCUGUCAGAGACCUACGGGAACAAGUUUGCGGCCCACAUCAGCCCAGCCCAAGGCUCCCCGAAGCCCCCACCAGCAGCAUCCCCUGGGGUGCGGGCUGGACACGUACUGUCCACCUCAGCGGGCAACAGUGCCCCCAACAGUCCCAUGGCCAUGUUGCACAUCAGCUCCAACCCUGAGAAGGAGUUUGAUGAUGUCAUUGACAACAUUAUGCGCCUGGACAAUGUGCUGGGCUACAUCAACCCUGAGAUGCAGAUGCCAAACACGCUACCCCUGUCCAGCAGCCACUUGAAUGUGUACAGCGGUGACCCCCAGGUCACAGCCUCCCUGGUAGGUGUCACCAGCAGCUCUUGCCCUGCUGACCUGACCCAGAAGCGAGAGCUAACAGAUGCUGAGAGCCGGGCCCUGGCCAAGGAACGGCAGAAGAAGGACAAUCACAACCUAAUUGAGAGGAGACACAGGUUCAACAUCAAUGACCGCAUCAAGGAGCUGGGAAUGCUGAUCCCCAAGGCCAAUGACCUGGACGUGCGCUGGAACAAGGGCACCAUUCUCAAGGCGUCUGUGGAUUACAUCCGGAGGAUGCAGAAGGACCUGCAGAAAUCCCGAGAACUGGAGAACCACUCUCGGCGCCUAGAGAUGACCAACAAGCAGCUCUGGCUUCGUAUCCAGGAGCUGGAGAUGCAGGCACGGGUCCACGGCCUCCCCACGACAUCGCCAUCCGGCGUGAACAUGGCUGAGCUGGCCCAACAGGUGGUGAAACAGAAACUACCCAGUGAAGACAGCCCAGGGGAGGCUCUCAUGCUGGGGCCUGAGGUCUCUGACCCUGAGCCGAUGCCUGCUCUCCCUCCACAGGCCCCACUGCCCCCAGCCGCCCAGCCACAGUCCCCUUUUCAUCACCUGGACUUCAGUCACAGUUUGAGCUUUGGGGGUGGGGGUGAUGAGGGGCCCACAGGCUACCAUGAUCCCCUGGGGACAGAGCAUGGCUCCCCGUUCCCCAACCUGUCCAAGAAGGAUCUGGACUUAAUGCUCCUAGAUGACUCCCUGCUACCCCUGGCCUCCGACCCCCUCUUUUCUACCAUGUCCCCUGAGGCCUCCAAGGCCAGCAGCCGCCGGAGCAGCUUCAGUAUGGAGGAGGGCGAUGUUCUGUGACCCUGGCUGCCCCUGUGCCAAGGAGCAGGGGCUGCCUGGGGGCUGGGAGGAUCGGGCAGAGCCCUCCUAUCCCUCAGGCUGCAGUUGGUGUGAAGUAGCCGCCUACCCUGCCUCUCCUUCCCUUUGGUCGGCCCCUGUUUGGACUUAGUGCCUGCCUGGCUGCAGAAGGGCUAAGCCCUGCCGCUCGGCUUAGAGCCCCCUCUUCUGGGGCAGUACUAUGAAUUGUGAUGAGGAAGAACAAGGGUGAGGUGAAAGAAUAUGAGGAAUAAGAAGAAACCCUGGUAGGGGAGCCCCUCUCUCGGAGCCCGGGCCCCUCCAUGAAGGACAUUUUGGAGAAGGUCUAAGAAGUACCUCUGAGGUAGCAGCUGGCCUGGGGGUGCCUAGGCCUGCCUUCCUGGGACUAGAUGGCACCCAGCCUGUCCCCCCAGCCUGAUACUUCCCCCACAGGUGGGGCACCCACCCCCCUUUGGUGCUAACAGCUCUCCCCUGGCGGUAUGAGGGUGGGGUGGCCAGAAGAGGAGUCUGGGUUCAGGGUGGAGAGUACCCCCGCCCCCAGACCCCCCACUUCGUGCCUUUAGUAAACACUGUGCUUUGUAUUA